GUACUGCCAUUUGUAUGACUUGAUAACACAAAGUUUUGAAGCGACACGAUGAUGAGAGAGUAUCUGAAUUCCACUACAACUGUAGUAAAUGAUGAGGACGGCGUGGAGUUGGAGGAAAACGCAAUCCUGAUAUGUAGCAAGCCUGCUGAUAAAAAGAAAAAAUCACAAUGGACCGAAGAGAUGGAGAGAGAGCUACUGAAGGAGCUAGUUGUGAGAAACCCAUUUCAGUUUCGCCGUGGCUCCCAAGAGAGAGGAAAAGUUUGGGAGCAAGUGGCUCUGGCUCUGGAACCACUCAACAAAGGAGAGAAGGCGUGUUCCUUCAGCCAGAGAACAGUCCGGGACAAAUAUAAAGCUUUAGCAAAUAAACAAAGAAUAAAUGACAACAAAGAGAAGGCAGCAUCUGGCAUAAGCCCAGAAGAAACAGAAAUAGAGAAGGAAAUUCGACAGCUCAUCGAGCAACUUCAAGAAAUGGAGUUGGAUGGUGACAACAUACCAACUCAAAAAAGGGAUGAAGAGGAAAAAAAGAAAAUGGAUGGCAUCGAGAUGCAAAACGUGAUGUUGGAACGAUUCUCCGAAACCAAAAUGAGACAGAAUGGUGAAGGCACCCCCCAGAGAAAGAGAAGAAACAAUGGUAGCGAGACUUUUAGUAUUCUAGAGAAGAAGAUCAAGAUGGAUCAAGAAUUCAGAAAAGACGAGACGAUGAGAAGAAGAGAGGAGGAAGAGAGAAAAAACCGCGAAGAAAAAGAAAGGGAACGAAGAUUUAUUUUGAAAGUAGAGUUUUAUACAGAUUCAUUUGUGAAAGUAGAUUACAUAGACUUUUUUUAA